GAGGAGGAGGAAAGGAAGAGCUGAGGGAGGAGACUCAGCCGCGGGCGGGCCCAGCCUCGGGCCCGACUUCCGCGGCCCGGCAGCGGCCUAGUCGCUAUGGCGGGUCUGGACUCCGGCCUGGCGGUCCCGGUGUGGCUGGCCGAGGACGACCUGGGCUGCAUCAUCUGCCAUGGCCUGCUGGACUGUCCCACCACGCUGCCCUGCGGCCACAGCUUCUGCCGCAGUUGCCUGAAAAGACUGUGGACCGCGAGGCGCCACAGGGACUGCCCCACCUGUCGCGAGGGCGCCGCGCAGCAGCCGCGGCUGCAGAAGAACACGUUGCUGCAGGAGCUGGUGGACAAGUACAAGCGCGCCGCGCGGGAGCUGCAGGCGGGCCCCAGUCCUGCCCCGGCCGCCGGCUCGGCCCCCGCCCCCGCCCCCGCCCGGACCCCGGCCCGGGACCCCGCCCCGGCCCGCGGGCCUCUGCGCCUCCCUGCACAGCGGCAGGAGGCAGUACAGAACAACAUCAUGAAAGUUGGUCAGGAGCUGACAGAACUGGUUGAACAGCUUGUAGACAUUGUCAAGAGCCUUCAGAAUCAGAGACCUCUCUCAGAACGUGGACCAGACAAUGAACUGAGCAUCCCAAGCACGCUAGUGACUUCUAACACAUCUGAAGAAAAAAUGAAAGAUGCUCUUCAUGAUCUAGAAGAAAUUCAGGAAAAAUUACGAGAAAACCUCACAUGGAAAGAGGCUUCUGAAGAACAAACACAGGUGGAACUUCCAGAAGCUCCAUCUUCCUCCUCAUGCCCACUUCCUGACCAGGGCCUCCUUGCACCCAGGAGGGCCUCUCGGUUUGCUCAAUGGGCCAUCAAUCCAACCUUUGACCUGCGGACCAUCUCUUAUCGCCUGGAGGUAUCCAAGGAUUUCCAGACAGUGACUGUGUCUCAGUGCCAACAGCCCUAUCCCUGGAACUGUGAGAGAUUUUCAACUAGCCAGGUCUUAUGUUCCCAGGCCUUCUCAUCUGGGCAGCAGUACUGGGAGGUGGACACCAGGUGUUGUAGCCACUGGGCAGUUGGAGUGGCUUCCUGGGGGAUGAGCCGUGACCAGAUCCUGGGAAGGACUAUGGACUCUUGGUGUGUGGAGUGGAAGGGGAAUAGUCAACUCUGUGCAUGGCAUAUGGUCAAAAAAACUGUCCUUGGCUCAGACAGACCUGACGUGGUAGGCAUCUGGUUGGACCUCAAGGAGGGGAAGCUUGCCUUCUAUUCUGCAGCCAAUCAGGAGAAACUUUUAUAUGAGUGCACGGUCUCUGCCUCCUUUCCUCUACACCCUGCCUUCUGGCUGUAUGGCUUACAUCCUGGAAAUUCCCUGAUCAUAAAGCAAGUAAAGAUGUAAGAGUUCCUCAGGG